AUGACCUCGUACCCUACAUCUUUCCACUGUGAGACCGACAUUGAAAAGUACCACUGCAAGGGCUGCACUUUCCAAACCGACUUAACCAUUUUCCUAAAAAAACACAUGGAGAAGUCGCACAAAAUUAAACUAGAAAAUCCGAAUGAAAUCUACAACGUUGACAGUUACAUUUGCAAGAACUGCACUUUCGAAACCUAUUUUCCACUAAAGUGGCUUCAGCAUAUAAGAACUUGCGUCAGAAAUAAUCUAGUUUCAAACGAAAAUAAACUACUUCACUGUGACCAAUGCUCCUAUAAGUCAAAAUUUCCAAAAUCGAUUGAAAUGCACAAAGUCAGGGUCCACUUCAGCAAAGACACCCCGAAAAACGGCAAAAAAGACGGCAAGUGGUACAAGUGUGACCAGUGCGACUAUAAAACCAUGUACAGACACCUACGCGACCACAAAAUCGCCAAACACCUGAAAGUGGACGAAAUCCAGUGGCACCAGUGUGACGAGUGCGCUUACAAAGCCAAAAAUAAAAGGUAUCUGACUGUCCACAGACAAGUGCACCAUAUGGACGCCAAAGACAUCAAAUGGUACGAAUGUCAAAAGUGCCCGUACAAAACCAAACGAAACUACACACUAAAACUGCACAUAAACAGCCAGCAUUUGAGUGAAAGCGAAACCGAGUGGUUUCAGUGUGAAAAGUGCUCGUAUAGAGCGAAACGGAAAAAUACGUUGAAGGAUCACGUAACGACGGUGCAUUUGGACGAGAAGGACAUCAACUGGUACAAGUGUGAGCAUUGCACGUAUAAAGCGAAGCUUAAAAAAAAUUUAAAGGAACAUAUAAACAACCACCACUUGAGCGAGAACGAGAUUAAAUUGUACCGGUGUGAGAAAUGUUCGUAUGCGACUAAACACCUGAGGUCGAUAAAGUUGCACAUUAGUACGAAACACGUGAGUGAAGAUGAAAUCACGUGGUAUCACUGUGAACAAUGUUCGUAUAAGUCGAAGUACAACAACAAGUUAAAGCAGCAUGUGAACGCCAAGCACGGAAACGAAAAAACGUGA